AUCAUCCAUCAAUAAAAUUCGCAUUCUUCUCUCCCGCUGCCAUCUCCUCUUUUUCUCUCUCUUUUUUCAAUAACAACUCUUCAUCUGUCAUGGUUUCAUAGCCUCAGAUGUCCCACCCAUUCUCCCCCGCUUUCACGCCCCAUCCAGCAGAGGCUUCCCUCCCGCCGCUCCGUACCCCUGCACCUCCCAACCCUACUACUACGACUCCUGUCGGGCAAUCUCCGGAAUCAGAUCAACCUCAUCCCUAUAUCCAUCCUGAUUUCGGUGUCAACGCAACGGCAGUCAACUAUCAUACCACUACAAAUACCAAUGUCCACGGACGAGGGCAAGAACAAGGGCAAGGAAAGGGCACAACCACAAGCUUUAGCGUGCUAAGGACCCAAGCUGGCGGUAGCGGGUUUGAUGACUGGGAAGGAGAGUAUGAACGGCAAACGAAUCGGGCGUGGGAGGAAAAGGUAAAAGCCGAUCUGGAAGGUUGGAGGGGUGGACAUGGGACUCCACGAUCAUCGUACCCUCAUUCAGCGCUCCCGCCCAUGUCGUAUUUCCAUCAACCCGUCACUGGAGAAAUUGGGAAACACCUGCCGAAGGAGAUGGUGAGGAUUGAAAGAGAUUGGAGCGGCGGAGAAAUGUGUCAAUUCGAAACCAUCUUCCCGCUGGAACUAGAAGGCCGUAUCCAGCCUUCCGAACUAUCUUCCUUCCUCAACGCCAUCAAUACCAAGUUGGCAGAAGCUUACGCUAUGACCCCUAAUAUCACUGAUAAUCUCAUUGCUGUCGCCACCCUGUGGACAAGUUUAUUAUGGAAAACAAGCCAUUUUGAGAAGAAACUGAGAGAAGUGGAAAAGAUGAUUGGGGAUGCGAAUAAAGAAAUGUUUAACAAGGCGGGGUUGAAUGUGUUGUCCCCAAGGGAUGUGGCUUUGCAGUUUCUGGAGAUUGAGUACUAUUAGCUCUUCCAUAUAAUAUACACGACCACGUACAAGGUAAUCUCAGGCGACGAAUGACAAUGUGUAUUUAGUAUCGUUAUCUAUAUAACCC